CAGAAAAGGUUCUGCGGCCGAGCUCGGUCCUGCCUCCACGCCGCCGCGGAGAUGCAGGGUACCCCCUCAUCUGCCCCCGCACCUGGGGUUGGCUCGCCCCAGGACUCCCCGCGAGGCUCCCCAGGGCUCUGGAAGCUCCUGGUGAACCAGAGCAUCUGCCUGAAGCAGCGCUUCCCCAUGGCCCGUCUGCUGUGCUUUGACCUAGAAUAUGCACUGUCGUAUGGGAGAAGCCCCCUUGACCCUCAGGUUGGGCCUGGCCUUGGCCAGUUCAUCCAGGCCCCUGCCCAACACAGCCAGCAGUGCCAGUCCUUCCUGUACUGCUGGGACAGUGAAUACAAACUCUCAUCUAAGACUAUGUCCCAGAACUCCUCUGUGGCCAGCGACCUAGGACACUGGCAGAAGCUGGCUUUGGAGACACUGGAUGAGUUGGACUAGUGUCUGGAUCAGCUAGAGACACUGCAGACCCGGCACUCAGUGAGUGAGAUGGCUUCCCGGCAGUUCAAGUGGAUGCUGAACUGGGAGUUGACUCACUUGUCCAAAACCAGCCACUCUGGGAACCAGGUGUGAGAGUACAUCUCCCAAAUAUUCCUGGACCAGCAGGCUGAUGUGGUUCCCAGGGCAACCUCCAUGGAGCCCUCGAGGCCCAUGUCCCAGAUCAGUGGCCUGCACGGGCUCCCCCACAGUGCCAGUUUUUCCACAGCCAUGAUUCCACGCUUUGGGGUCCAGACUGACUAGGACUGGCCAAGGUGGGUUCCCAACUAGAAUGCUGAGACCCUGGUUAGAGAACUGGAAGACACCAAUGAGUGGGGACUUGACCUGUUCAAGGUGGUGGAGCUAAGUGGGGACCAGCCCCUCACAGCCAUCAUAUUCAGCAUCUUUCAGAAAUGGGACCUGCUCAAGACAUUUCAGAUCCCAGUGGGCAAACUUGUCACCUGGACACUGGAGGGUCAUUACCAUGUCGAUGUGGCCUACCACAACAUCCUGCAUGCCGCUGAUGUGGCCCAGUCCACGCGUGUGCUACUAGCCAUGCCUGCACUUGAGCCCACCCCUCACCUCUUAUGCGCAUGUCUUCUCACAGACUUGAAGGUCCAUGCUGUCAUCUUUGCAAGUGCCAUCCAUGAUGUGGACCACCCUGGGGUUUUCAACCAGUUUCCCAUUAACACCAACUUGGAGCUUGCACUUAUAUACAGUGAGACCUGCCUGGAGAACCACCACCUGGCUGUGGGCUUCAAGCUGCUUCAGGCAGAAAACUGCGAUGUCUUCCAGAACCUCAGCACCAAGCAGUAGCUGAGUCUGCACAGGAUGGUCAUUGACAUAGUGCUGGCCACUGACAUGUCCAAACACAUGCACCUCCUGGAUGACCUCAAGUCCAUGGUGGAGACCAAGAAAGUGACGAGCCUGGGAGUCCUGCUGCUAGACUGCAUCCAGGUCUUGCAAUACCUGGUGCACUGUGCUGACCUCAGCAACCCCACUAAGCUGCUGCCCCUGUACCACCUGUGGACAGACCACAUCAUGGCUGAGUUCUUCCAACAGGGAGACCGUGAGCGAGAGUCAGACCUGGACAUCAGCCCCAUGUGUGACAUGCACAUGGCCUCAGUGGAGAAGUCCCAGGUGGGUUUCAUUGACUACAUCGCCCACCCACUGUGGGAGACUUGGGUUGACCUGGUGCACCCAGAUGCACAGGACCUGCUGGACACACUAGAGGACAACCUCAAGUGGUACCUGAGCAAGAUUCCCUACAGCCCUAUGAAUCCCACCAGCCUUGGGGGACCUGACAGAUUCCAGUUUGAGCUGACUCUGGAGGAGGCAGAAUAAAAAGUGGGGAAGGAGGAGGAGAGAAUGUUGGCCCUGGAGGCCUCGGAGUCACCUGACAAUGAUCUCCUGUCCCCUGAGGCCAGCUCAGACCCUGGGGCCUUAUACUUAGACAACCAGAGGACUAUGGACAAGCUCUGAAUGGACCAUGAGGGCAAUGUGACGGCUGAGCCAUUUGGCCCCUUAUGA